UGUUUGAUUGCUUGCUUGUUAUAUUCACACUUAUAAUCCCAUUACAUUCCUUUUAAUGAAAUCAGUUCGCUUUGCUUUAAUCAAUAAAAAAUUUGAUGACCAAUACACAUUUGAACUUCAAGGCUAUAUGUCAGUUUAUGAUUUUUGUUCUACAUUUAAUUUACUUAAUCAAACAGUUCGUCAGACACCCCCACCAGGCAAUACAUUGUUUUGGUGUAUUGCCCUUUGGAUUUUAUGGACAAUAGAAGUAAUCGGUCAUUAUUUAAUAUGGAUUUACACAAAAUGUACAUAUAGUUUAUAUCUAUUGCCAUUCUUCAUCAUGACAAGUACAUUAUUGACUGCUUGGAUAUAUCGUAUACGUCGACAAAAGUUUGAAUCCACUAUCAUUACUCUUUGUAACCGUAUCAAUGCUACAGAAAACAUGAGAGGCAUCAACUAUCGAUUUAGUAAAAACGGGUCUGAUUUGAACGAUAUAACCAAACAAGUUAAAAUUGUCUCUUUAUUAUUAAGGAAACCUAUCUAUCAUAUGGUGGUUGAAUUUGACGAUCGUUAUGAUGAUACAUUCUCUACUAGUACCAAAUUUAACGAUUUUGUUACUGUUCCUUUAUAUGCUCAUGUUGCUCCUAAUACUAAAAAGGAAAGUUUUUAUCCCUCUUGGAGCUCAUCAACUGAUACAGCAUUACAUUAUGACGAAAAGUUUAUUAUACAAUAUACUUAGGAUACAGGAGAGGAGAGAUUUUUGUAUUUAAGCGCCUUUUCUCUCUCUC